AUGACGGCCCUACGUCAAGUACAUGACCCCCCAUGGCUCUACAGCGCCUCAUACCCGCACCUCCUCGACCGCAUCGUCGACUUCCUCCCCCUUCCCGCCCUCGCGACACUACGGCUCGUCUCGCGCGGCCUCCACGAGCGCGCCAACGCCAUCCUGUACGCGCACAUCUGCUUCAGUUUCAGCGUGUACGCUACCACGCAAGUAGUUGAUCCGUUCGAGCGGCGCCGGAUCCCCGGGCUAGUCCUCGACGCCAAGGAUCCCGCAGCGUUCAAGCUCUCCCUCUCCCGCAUCGUCGCCCACACGCGCGUCAUCGACCAUCACAUGGCGCACAGCUGGCACUCGCCACCCGAGUGGGUGCCGGCCAUGCGCAUCUCGCUGCCCGACAGCAUCCUGCACCGCGUCGACGUGUCGCCUAACCAGUUUGACCGGUUCCCCCUCCUCGCUGUCGACGCGACCAACAUCGCCCUGUCGUAUCGCAUGCGCUUCGACCGCAUAAUGCACCUCGAUCUGCCGUUCCUCGAGCGCCUGUACGCUGCCAAGAAGGUAAUCGCGCACCUUGCCAUUCCACCCGAUCUCGACCUGAGCAAGCACUCGCGCGAAAGCGUGUGGAAGAAGGCGCGCGACUGCGACCACUACUUCGCCGAAGUGGACGAGGUGACGUUCAUCGUGACGCAGGGCUCGGGUGCGCCGCCGCGAUGGAGUUCGCCGGAUGCCAGCGAUACCGGUGCCCUCUUCGACGCCUUCAUGGCUGCGCUGUGCCGCCUCGGCUGCGAACGCGUCGUGCUAUCCGGCCUCGAGACCCUCGACCCCGGUCUCCUGAGCUUCGAGCUUGACCGCGACGUCGCGUCGGAGGACAGGCUCGCGCUGUACAAGGGCGUGAUGGACGACUGGGUCGAGGCUGCGCCGGAUGACGUGCGCGACGAGGCGCCCAAGAUUGAGGUCAUCUCUGUCGAGCAGCUCCGUCGCGAGCGCGGCCUGGACGAUUACCGCUGGGCGGUGAUGACUGCUGGUGUUGGCCCGCGGCUACCGAUGCCGCCGUCGUGGGCUGCAGCGUCGAUUGCCAUCUAA